AUGGAGAGAAGUGAUGAACACUACUCAAACUACUUCGUCCAAAGCCCUUCAACGGUUUUCCACCCGGAAUACGAAUUCCAAUCCCCGACUCGAUCCGACUCAGCGCCAUUGGUCCUAUCAAGCGUCAAUGAAUUUCCAAUGUACUCAGAUUUCUUGAAGAACUCCGAAAACAACAUUUUGUAUGAGGAUGAUAAGAAGAUGUUGACGCCAUCGCAGACCUCGAACUCGGGUUGGUGGAUCGUUUUGCAGAUAGGUUGGAGAUUUUUGGUUAGCUUUGGAGUGGCAUUGCUUGUCUUCUACAUUGCUACUCAGCCUCCUCAUCCUAACAUCUCUUUUCGAAUUGGGAGGUUUAAUCAGUUCAUAUUAGAAGAAGGGGUGGAUUCACAUGGAGCGUUGACUAAGUUCCUCACUUGCAAUUGCUCUACCAAGCUCAUAGUAGAUAACAAGUCUAAUGUCUUCGGCCUUCACAUUCACCCUCCAUCUAUCAAAUUAUUCUUUGGCCCCCUCAACUUUGCAAAGGCACAAGGAACUAAACUAUAUGCGUCGAGCCAUGAGUCAAGAACGUUUCAGCUAGACAUAGGAACAAAGAACCGGGCGAUGUAUGGGGCGGGAAGAGAGAUGGAGGAUAUGCUUCAAUCGAGAGCUGGAUUGCCUCUAAUACUACGAAUGAGCCUCAUUUCGGACUUUCGAGUUGUCUGGAAUAUUAUAAACCCUAAGUACCAUCACAAAGUCGAGUGUUUAUUGCUUCUAGCUUACAACGAGAGGCAGAACCAAGUUACAAUGAUAAGAGAAAAAUGUAGAUUGGUCUCUUAA